AUUACAAAAAAUAUGCCUCGGCGUGCUUACUGUAAAUUUUUAGAAUUUAAAUCUACUGCUUUUCGUGAAAAAAUUUGUUCCCUUCUCUCGAUUGAGGAAAAAGAAGAAUUAUUGCAAAAAACUGUAAAAAUUUUCGAACAUAAUUUUCGAAAAUGUGAGGCAUGCGGAGAAGGGAAAUUUUUGAGAAAUUAUCCAAUAGAGUAUUCAAAUUCAUUUUUUCGUGAAGUCAAAAAAAAUUCCAUCGAACCUGAACCUCAAGAAGGAUUUUUACAGAUAAAAAAAUUCAGUCACAUUGACUAUCGAAAUUGUCAAUGUAACAUUAUCAUAAAUUCACUUUUUUGGAACUUCCCAAUACAUUUUAAUCAAGGUGAAAAUAAUAUUUUCUUGAUAAGAUUUUUAAUACAAAUUGGCGCAGCUUUAGUAGAAAAUGCGGAAUUUGGUUAUGGAAUUAAAAUUCUCACAUUGGCCCUUGAAAAAAAUAAGAUGAAAGUUUCAAAUUAG